AUGCUAUGUGACUUGAUAUCAAGAAAAGGUUUACCUUGGAAGAAUGAGUAUGACGAGCAAAUUAUUAUGCAAAUGAAAGAGAUUGCAUGGAGUGAUAUUGGAUCCCUUUUCAAUGGAUUGGAAUGUUGGAAAGAAUUGUCAGAUAUUUUCAAUUAUAUCAUUAGAUUGAAGUAUUCCGAUGAUUUAGAUUAUUUGUUCAUCUCCAAACAACUUAUUAAAUGUUUAAAACCUCUCAAUGUUUUCACCUAUUUUUGA